AUUCUUCGUAUUGUACUGACGCAUUUACUCUCUCUUUUUUCUCCUUCUCUCUCUUUUCUCUCUCUCUUUCUCUCUCUUCUCUCUCCGGUCCUACAACGGUUAGUGAAAGAUUCGCCCUUUGCAAUAUGGCGACUCAGGCUAUCAUCCGGAAAAGACUAAAUACAUACGAGCAGAAAAUAAGCAGAAACGGCUUAACCUUUCACGAGGACAUCCUAGCCAACGGCCAUGCUGAUUUACAAAGCAAUGGACGUGUACAGUUUCCAGAGAAAAAAACAAAGGUGAAACCGACGAAAUUAAGAUCAAAGGAGUCAUUCGAAAGAAUACCAUUUAUUACUGCAGUAUUGACCCAUUUAGGAUUCUGUAUUCUUAUGUUUCUGGGUUUUAUAAAUCAAUUACUUUUCACCCCAAGAGUUGCAAAAGAAUACAAUAGAGAGGGUUAUGCAUCUUUAUAUGAGCAUUUCGAAGAGUUUUAUCUUCGAUACGUUUACAGGAGAGUAAGGGAUUGUUGGAACAGGCCAAUAUGUUCUGUUCCAGGUGCCACGGUUACACUUAAGGAUAGAAUAACAAAAGAUUAUGGAUGGACGUUUCAAUUCACGGGAACGACAUCAGAAUGUAUAAAUUUAGGAUCGUACAAUUAUUUAGGCUUUGCAGAAGCGAAUGGUAAAUGUGCUGAUCAAAGUAUUGAAACUUUGAAAAAAUUUGGUUGUGCUAGUUGCAGUAGUCGUCUAGAACUUGGAAAUAUGCCAAUUCACGAAGAAUUAGAACAAUUAACGGCUAGGUUUUUGGGUGUGGAGGACGCUAUAGUCUUCGGAAUGGGUUUUGCUACAAAUGCUCUUAAUUUGCCCUCAUUAUUGAGCAAGGGAUGUUUAGUAUUAAGCGAUGAAAAAAAUCAUGCCUCAUUAAUACUUGGAUUGAGAUUGUCUGGUGCUACAGUUAGAGUAUUUGAGCACAAUAAUAUGAAGCAUUUAGAAAAAUGCUUGAAAACUGCAAUAGUUUUUGGUCAACCAGAAUCUCAUAAACCUUGGAAAAAAAUAGUGAUUGUAGUGGAAGGUGUUUAUUCUAUGGAAGGUUCUAUUGUACAUCUACCUGAAAUUUUGCAGCUCAAGAAGAAGUACAAAGCUUAUCUUUAUUUGGAUGAAGCUCAUAGCACAGGUGCAUUAGGCAAACGUGGAAGAGGUGUUUGUGAUUAUUAUGAAAUUGAUCCACGAGAGGUGGAUAUACUUAUGGGAACUUUUACAAAAAGUUUUGGAUCCGCUGGCGGUUAUAUUGCCGGAACAAAAAUAUUAAUAAAUCAUUUAAGGAUACAUAGUCAUGCACAUACUUAUGCGGCAGCUAUGUCUCCACCAAUAGCACAGCAAAUUAUAACUUCAAUGAAAAUAAUAGCUGGGGAAGAUGGUACAGAUGAUGGAAAAAGAAGAACAAAACAAUUAGCGAGAAACACUAGAUACUUCAGACGUAGACUUAAUCAGAUUGGAGUUAUCAUUUAUGGAAAUGAAGAUUCACCUGUUGUACCUAUGUUAGUUUAUUUGUUUUCAAAAAUAGGUUCAGUUGUACGAACCUUAACAACAUAUAACAUAGCAGCAGUUGGAGUUGGAUUUCCAGCAACCCCAUUAAUGGAAGGCAGAAUACGAUUUUGUCUUUCUGCUGCACAUACUAAACAACAAUUAGAUUACGUAUUAUUACAUAUUGAAAGUCUUGCAGAUUUCUUGGGUUUAAGAUAUUCUCGUAAAUCUCGCGAUCCUGCCCCCAUAGAAUAUUAUUCCGAUGGUGAGGCCGAAUGACCUGUUAUCUAAAAAUAGAUUCUUUAGGAUAUUUACUUUGCUCCAAAGAAGCGCCUGGUAUUUCUAUGGAGAAACACUGCCUUGGAAGAACUCUACACGCAUUCUUUUAUAUGCUUUUCCAUUGAUGUGCAUAUAUCUUUUAAUUAAAUCACAAAUAAGAAAAAAACAAUAUCAUUUCUGAACGUCUUGAAAUCAUUAUUGUGAAAUAUAAAAUUAUAAAUUAAUAAUUUUAGAAGAAAAUACUUCUUCUACAUCUUGGAUAUUUAUAAUGAUAUUAGAAAUUUUUAUGAAGAAAAAAAUAUCAAAUUUCUUCUUGCACAAUGUACAACGAAUUAAAAAAUAUUAAUGGAGAAGUUAGAAAUGCGUCAGAGUUCAGUUGUCCUCUUAUUUUACGUGCACCAAGCUCGUAGAGGCAUAUACACAUAUCGGUGGCUGUGAUAUGCCAACAGAUUCUAGAUAUGCAAGGUAGUUUUAAUAAGUAAAAUUCAUCCGAAAUAGUUUCCUCUUCCUACGGUAGAGAAGCUAGACAGUUCGAUAUUUUUCUAAAAGAAAUGAAAAAAUCGAAGCAAGAUUUUUCCUCGAAUAUUCAAUUCUUUGACGCAUUCUGCGUUGGUGCACUAUUGUAAUUGCAUUUAUUUUAUAUCAAACAUUUUAUAUCAAAAUUUAACUCUUUUGCUGUGGUACAUAUUUUAUGUAAUAUCACUGUAUGUAGCAGUGUAAAGCUUUACAAAUUUAUCUAUUUUUUAUAUCAUUGCUUCUCUAUCAUUGCUAUAUUUACGUAUAUGCUUUAGAAAAUUAAUAAUACGCGCACAUAUACAUAUAAACGCACACAAAACGAACAGUAAGUACUUGACAUAUUCAAUUUUAAAAAUUAUUCAUCUAUUCAUAAUAAAAAUACAGAAAAUAGAAUUUUAGAAUUAAAAAAAAUAUAUCUAAACAGUGAUUUUUACUUCCAUUACCACAGCAAAGAGUUUAAGUUUAAGGCAAAAAAAUACAUAUAUUUUUCUUUUUUUUUUUGAUAAUUAAAAUAGAUUUAUAUUUUAUUAAAAUUAUAAUUAUAUUAAAAUUAUAGUUAACAAUUUAUUUUUUAAAAAUAAUUUUAUAGUUUUAUAGUUUUCUUUUUAUUCUUCAUUCUUUAAGUCAAGCAUCAUUAAAAAAAAAAAAAAAAUAGAAAUAGUUGUUUCCAAAUAAGACCUAAAAACGCGCACAUUUUUAAUAGUGAUAAUUUC